CGUUCAUGCUCACAAGUCUCCUGCUUGCAAUGCAUGGACAAUGUCUGCUGCUCUGAGACUUAUCAGAAGAAUGCUGCCCUUAAGGAUAACUUUAGCAGCCCUUGUGCUAUUCAUCUCAACAUGUCAAUGUUCAACAGCAAAUGAUUCCCCAUUCUCACUUAUAAACAAGGCCACUGGUUUCUGUUUGGUGAAAAGGUCAUCUCGCUGCCUCGACAUGCGCUGGACGACCGGUGAUCGGCUUUUUGUCACCUCAAGUAAAAAGUGCCUGGGAGCGCAGGGCAAAAGUCUGGGGGCUGAAGUAAGCCUCUAUGAUUGUGAUGACAAGAGCGACCUCCAGAAGUGGGAAUGCAAGAACGAGACACUGCUUGCCCUCAAAGGCCAGCAGCUGUACAUCGAAGUCAAACCUGAUGAAUCAAUUGCUCUCUCCAAAACCGUCGGGCCGAAUAACCACCUCACAAUCACAGGGACAUCCAGUGGUGCUUGCACGAGAACAUACAGAGAACUUUAUACCAUCGAAGGAAAUGCAUUUGGUAAGACCUGCAUGUUUCCCUUCCUGUACAAAGACCGGUGGUUUGGAGACUGCACUACGUUUGACAACUCAAAGAAACGUCUUUGGUGUGCAGUUGGAACAAAAUAUGAACAUGAGCAGUGGGGAUACUGCCCGACUACAUCCACAGAACACUGGGAGAAAAACCAAGUAACAGGAGCGUAUUACCAGAUCAACACACAGUCAGCUCUGACUUGGGCUCAGGCUGAAGUCAGCUGCAAGCAGCAGGGUGCCUACCUGGUCAGUGUCAGCGAUCCCAACGAGCAGGCUUAUAUCUCAGCACUUUUGAGAUCAGGGAGAUACAAACUGUGGAUCGGGCUAGUGCUGGACCCAGAACAUGGCUGGCAGUGGUCAAAUUCGAAGCCUCUCCGUUACCUGAGAUGGGACACGGGAAAUCCACUUCCUAAUCCGGGACACAAUUGUGCAUUUCUUGACUCUUCUGGGCAGCACUCUUGGCAAAGUUCAUCCUGCACCAAGAAACUGGGGUACAUCUGCUACAAAGAUGGGGUUCCACCAACUCCUCCUCAAAUUGAGACAGGAUUUUGCUCAAACCCCUGGAUCCCCUACAAUGGCCACUGCUUCCACCUUCAGCGUUCUCCUCAAACAUGGUCUGGUGCUCAGAGAGAGUGCCGCAAAGAGGGAGGAGACCUAGUCAGCAUCCGCAAUGUGGAGGACCAAAGCUUUGUCAUCUCUCAACUUGGAUACGCAUCUACAGAUGAGCUUUGGAUUGGACUGAAUGACAUAAGGACAGAGAGGCUGUUUGACUGGAGUGACCACUCUACUGUCAGUUUCACCAGCUGGGAGUAUGGGGAACCUGAUGUUUCCACUGAUUCAGAGGACUGUGUUCUAAUCAGGGGAGAGGGUUGGAAAAGGCAUGGCUCCUACUGCUACUUUGUCGGAACAGAGACAAAGACGUUUGAUGAAGCUAAAGACGACUGCAAGAGCUCAGACUCCUACUUAGCAGAUGUUUCCAGUGGGGUGGAUAAUGCAUUCCUUGUCAGCUUGGUGGGGUUGAGACCAGAGAAAUACUUCUGGCUGGGCCUCUCAAACCAGAAAAACAUUGACGAAUUUGUGUGGACCAACACAGACUCAGUGAGAUUUACUCACUGGAACGCUGAAAUGCCAGGUUACCAACAGGGCUGUGUUGCCAUGACAACUGGGGUUUUAGCUGGCCUCUGGGAUGUGCUGCCCUGCACCAAUAAGGAGAAAUACAUCUGCAAACACCUGGCGGAGGGGGCGGUUUUGACUGUUGCACCACCAACUCAAACCCCUCCCCAGUGUGAGGACGGCUGGACUCGAGUGGGAACAAGAAAUGUCUGCACUAAGUUGUUUUCUUCAAACAAGAGGACGUGGUAUGAGGCCAGAGAUUACUGCAGGGCCAUUGGAGGAGACCUGCUCAGCAUCCACAGCGAUGCUGAGCUACUAGUGAUACCAAAACGCCAUGAAACAGUCUGGAUUGGACUUAGUGCCCCUGACCCAGUCACCGGUUAUGUAUGGAGUGAUGGAUCACCAGUAAAUUUUCAACACUGGGAGGAUGGAGAGCCAAACAAUGUGGAAUCUUGUGCUGAAUUCAAAAUGUAUAAGCGUAGUUGGAGUGGGUCUUGGAAUGAUGUGCACUGUGAGACGUACCAUGAAUGGCUGUGCCAGAUCCGUGCAGGAGUGACUCCAAAGCCGCCUCCAGACCCUGUCACUCCUGACUUCAAUGAGACGUCAGACGGGUGGCUGGAAUGGAAUGGGAAUCAGUAUUAUAUUAACAACAUAUCGCAGGCCAUGGAAGAAGCUCGUCACUUCUGCAAACAGAGGCAUGGUGACUUGGUAACUAUCAACAGUGAAGCUGAAAGUAUCUUUCUGUGGAAACAGAUAUCCCGCAGAUUUGGGUCUUACUGGAUUGGCCUGACAGUAGACCUUGAUGGAACAUUUGAGUGGAUGGAUGGUUCUCAAGUGGUGUUUGAAAGGUGGAGUGAAGGUCAGCCUGAUUUCAAGAAUUAUGAUGAAAAUUGUGCUGCCAUGGAGCAUUCUACUGGGUUCUGGCAUGAUUAUAAUUGUGGGCACGAGUACAAGUCCAUUUGUAAACGCAGUGCCUCCCCACCUGCCAACGCAACUGUGGCACCCACAAUGGCCCCUAAAGGUGGUUGCCCACCCCUCUGGAAAAAAUUUAACUCAAAGUGUUACAGCAUCGUUAAGGACCAAAAAUUAACAUGGGAUGGAGGGAGGAAACAAUGCCAAGCUAUGGGUGGAAACUUGGCCUCUAUUCCCACAAGACAUGUGCAAGUGUUUUUGAUGAGUCAAAUGGCUGCCACACCAACUUCAGACCUUUGGAUUGGUUUUCGCACUGUAGAUCGUGGUGAAUUUUAUUGGACUGAUGGACGACCGAGGCAAUAUCUCAACUUGCUUACUACAGGACGCCUGUCUGUUGAUCCACUGAUUUAUAGACACUUUUUGUAUCAUAGAUCUAGGAACGUAAAGUUUUACAGAGAUUUUGAGAGAUAUUGGAUAAUGCGUGAAAAAUCGAAGAAUAUUUGUGUUGUGAUCAAUACCCAGUCUUCCCUUGCUAUUGGGAAAUGGAUAAAGAAGUCCUGCAAUGACACCAAUGGAUUUGUCUGUCUUCGAAAUGUUGACCCUUCUUUCCCGGACUCCUCUGAACCAACAACUUCUAUCGACUAUGUCAACAUCUGGAAUGACUCAAUCAAGGCUGUUACUCAACAAAUGACCUGGGAUGCAGCCAACAAGCACUGUGAAGAUGAUGGCGCCAACCUCCCUAGCCUGCGAAACGAGUGGUCACAGGCCUAUGUUGAGCUGCUGGCUUUGAAUCUAAAAUCUCCUAUUUGGAUUGGACUAAACAAAGUUCUGACCAAUGGGUAUUUCAGAUUUAUUGAUGGCUGGCACCUGAGCUUUUCUCACUGGGGUGAAAAUGAACCAAGCGGGGACAGACCUUGUGUGUACGUGGAUGUGGAUGGAAAAUGGAAAACAGCUGUCUGCAACCAGACCAUGAACAGUGUUUGUAUGAAGUCUACAGAUGUGCCACCAACCGGGUCAAGUUUUUUUCCAGGCGUUUGCCCUGAUGACCCAGAUCCUCUGGGCAGAGGGCAGAAUUACAUCUGGCUACCAUUUAAGGGUUACUGUUACAUAUUUUUCACAGAAGAGGAAGAGUGGGCAGAUGCAUCUGCUAGCUGUGUUAGACAUGGUGGAUUACUAGCCAGCAUUGAAGAUCCCUCUGAACAAGACUUCAUUCAAAGCAAUGCAAGAAUAUUUCAAGACAGCCACACCUCUUUCUGGAUUGGCCUGUAUAAAACUCACAAAGGGGAGUGGUUGUGGUUGGACAAAACAGUCAUGGACUACACUAAUUGGGGUGAAGGUCCACCUAAUCAUCACAGCCAUGGAGAUAUAAGUACUUCAGAUGGGAUAUGGAAGGCAACAAAUGGGUGGAAUAAACAACCGUACAUCUGCAAAACGCCCAAAGUAUUACCACCAACGCCAUCCCUACCAUCGCCAGCUGUACUUGAUCCUCGUCACCGUGGCCACACAGCUUUGACAGUUGUUCUGGUCAUUACUGGGAUUGCCAUAGGGGCAGUCGUUACCUUUUUCCUCUUUGUGAAAUCCGGUCAACGCUUACCCAUCCUUGAAGGGUUAAUCACCUUUGACAACCCACUAUUCUUCAGCAACGAGCGGUUCCAGUCUGAUGUGGUUGACACCAAUAAAUUGGUAGAGAAUGCAGAGGAAGAGAACCCUGAACCUCUUAUAAGGAUGUGAUUAAAAAAAACAUCCCUAAUCGCGGAAUCUAAUGGGUCACAUACUACCUAUAUCUAGGCCUCAUGGUUUAUGUCUUUCUCAUUUGCAUGGCCAAUGAUUACUUUGUUCUUAAAUAGUGGGCGUUCAAUUGAGUUUGCAAUGAGUCACUUAAAUGAAAAGCAGUUUAGACUGCCUUAUUUGGCUGUAGUUAAUUGAAGUUAGUUUGAAAUUAUAUUUCAUCAUGUUUUGUAAUGACAAAGAAGACUGUGAUUGAAUUAAUUCUACACAGCUUUUUUUUUUUACUUAUAACUGUAUAAUAGUGCUGUGUAUUUGAUACAGAUCUGCUGCUGUGUAAAGCAAAGAGUUGUAAUGUCUAAUGUCUAAUUAAAGAGGUCAUAUUAUG